AUGUCUCAUACAGAGGCGGACAAAACCGUAUUUGCUGAGAUCACAGCACGUGACAGUGAAUGCAAGAUCUGCUUUGAAUGUGGCGCACCGAAUCCACAGUGGUGCGAUGUGCAUCAUGCCGUUUUUAUAUGCCUUGAAUGUAGCGGCGUACACCGGAGUCUUGGAGUCCAUCUCUCAUUUGUACGGAGCCCAACGAUGGACGGUUGGACAAACUGGCGGCCAGAAAAGUUGCGGCAGAUGCAAUUGGGUGGCAAUCGUCGUGCCCGGGAAUACUUUGAACGUAACAAUGUUCCCCGUGCCCCUAUUCAAGCACGCUAUGAAUCCCUUGGUGCACUUCGCUACGCUGCCAUGUUAGAGGCCGAAGCUCUCGGCAAUUCAUUUGACGAGAAGUCGUGGACACCACCGGAAUGGUACGAGCGUCUAACACAAGGAAGACAGAGGGAAAAGGAUGCCAUGGCGCCGCAAGCACCGCAGCAACAUCGUCCCUUCACUGGCAUGGGGUCGGACGGAAAACAGUGGGGCGAGAAAAAUAGCGCCGGUAGUGGGGAUUGGUACAACUCGCUGGCCGGCGGGUGGGCAACGCUCUCAAAGAAGGCAACAGAAAUAGCAGGGAGUGCAGGUACACAAGCGCGUACUCUCAUGCAAGAGGCAGAUCUGGGGGAUGUAAAGACAAAGUUGUCCUCGGGUUGGUCCACGGUGUCAGGCUACGCAAAUCAACUAUCAACGAAGAUCACGAAUAUUGCGAAGGGUGAGGACGAUGGUGAUGGACUGACAGGAAUGACACGAAAAGCCAAACUGGCAGGGCAGGAGAGUGCGAAUGACCCUUUGGCAACACGUGAAGCGUAUGAGCAUAUUGAACACCGUGCAGAAGGGUUAUCUCCACGUUCCUCCGUUCCAUUUUCAAAAUUCAGAGGCCGUCAAUGA